AUGCCUGUCAAAGAAAUCACCUCAAUGCAAGACUUCAAUGAGGCCCUAUUCACCGACGGCAGCGUAGUGGUUCUCGACAGCUGGGCGAAAUCGUCCAAACCAUGCGAAGCCAUCGCCCCGGUGAUGGAGGAGCUCAGCGAGAAGUUCGACCACGCUAGAUUCUACAAGAUGGAUGUGGGCGCUGUCGACGAUGUUGCGCAGGAGCUUGGUAUUAGCGUCACACCGACGGUUCUUCUUUUCAGGGAUGGGCUGAAGAUCACGGAGGUUGUGGGGGCUCAUCCGAAGACCAUUGAGAAUGCGAUCCACGAAGCGCUUCCUUCUGAGAUUCAUGGGGUUGGGGAGACAUAG